GUAUGGGAUAAAGAUCUCCUUUGCCCAAGAAAGAGCACUUUCCAGUGGGGCUUCGGGAAUGUAAACACCACGGCAAGCACAGCCAGUGAGACGCGUUUCGUGCCGAAGAAAACAAAGAAUGUCACCGGACGGGUACAGGGCACCUCCCCCAGCGCAUGGGUCAGAGAUCUCCCCCAAGGCGGAUUGAAUUCUGAAGACUCAUGUUCCCCGAGGAAGAAGCCAGGAAGAGAAGGAAAAGGAAAGAAAAGAGGUCAAGAAAGACUCUGUCUCAGCGAUGGUUGACAUUCAAGGAUGUGGCCAUCGAAUUCUCUCCGGAGGAGUGGGAGUGCCUGGACCCUGCUCAGCGGACCUUAUACAGGGACGUGAUGUUGGAGACCUACAGGAACCUGAUCUCUGUGGAUACUGCCCCUAAAUGUGUGAUCAAGGAACCACCACCAAAAGAGAGCCAUAAUACGGGGGAAACACUGCACACAGCGUCUCUGGAAAGUCAGGAGCACCGUGCCACCCAAGAGGACGGCUGCAGGGAAAUCUGGAAAAAUCAGCAUGACUCUGAGCACCAGGGGAGAAAUGACAAAAGAAACUACAAAGGCGUGCCUGGGACCCGCAAAACACCCCUCACUGGUGGAAGAGAUCAGUGUGGUCCAAGAGAUGAAGAGAACAAGCCUGUGGACCACAGGCCUGGACCAAACUUUGGGGCACAUCUGGCUGAACUGCCGGUAUUUCAAACUGAAGGGAAAUUUUGCGACUAUAAUGAAGUCGAGAAGUCUAUCACGAGUGGUUCCUUGUCGGCAGCACCUCAGAGAGUUCUUCCUAGUGUCCAAAGCAACAUUUGUGAUGAACGUGGGAACAGUUUCUUGCCUUCUUCCUUACUCACAGAAGAGCAGAAAGCCCACAUGAGUGAAGAACCUUACAAAUGCGGUGAGUCUGACCAAGCCGCGGAUCGCGGCUCACACCCCACCAGACCUGAGAUACUCCAUGCCAGAGAGAGAGGGAAUAAAGGCGACGCGUGUGGAGGCGUCUUUAGUCACAGUUCACACCUGGCAGGUCAUCGCAGAAUUCAGACUGGAGAGAAACUUGACCAAGGUGAUGAGUGGGGCAAAGCCUUCUGUGAGUGGUCAGGCCUGACUCACCCUCAGGGACUCCAGACUGGGGAGAAACCUCACCAGUGUACUCAGUGUGGCAAGACCUUUCAUCAGAGCUCACAUCUCACUCGGCAUCAGAGAAUCCACACAAGAGCGAAACGUUACAAGUGUGACGUGUGCGGUAAGGCCUUCAGUUACAGCUCACACCUCAUACGUCAUCACAGGGUUCACACCGGGGAGAGGCCUUACCAGUGCCACAAGUGCGGCAAAGCCUUCAGCGUAUUUUCAAGUCUUAAUUAUCACCAGGUUGUCCACACAAAAGAGAAACCUUACAAAUGUAACGAAUGUGGCAAAGUCUUCAGUCAGAGCUCCAGCCUGUCCAGUCACCGCAGAAUUCACACCGGACUGAAACCAUACAGAUGCCCCGAAUGCGGCAAAGCCUUUAACCAGAGCUCACAUCUCAGCAGACAUCAGGUAAUCCACACGAGAGAGAAACCUCACAAGUGUGACGAAUGUGGCAAGGUCUUCACACAAAAGUCAAGCCUUGUAAGUCACCGGAGAGUACACACUGGAGAGAAGCCUUACCAGUGUCCUGAGUGUGGCAAGGCGUUCAGUGUGUAUUCCAGUCUCACGUACCACCAGGUCGUCCACACGAGGGAGAAGCCUUACAGAUGUAACGAAUGUGGCAAGGUCUUCAGUCAGAGCUCCAGCCUUCCGAGCCAUCGCAGAAUUCACACCGGAGAGAAACCAUACAAAUGUAACCAGUGCGGCAAAUCCUUCAUUCAUUGCUCAAACUUCAACAGACAUAAGAAAGUCCAUACAGGAGAGAAACCUUACAAAUGUAGUGAAUGUGGCAAGCUCUUCACUCAAAACUCAAGCCUCGUAAGUCAUACUCGGAGACUUCAUACGAAGAAGUAACAUUACCAAUGUAACAAGCAGAUCAAAGCAUUUAUUAUCAGUUCAAGCAUGAAUUGAUGUCAGAAAGUCCAUACUAAAGAGAAAUUCUAUCAAUGUAAUUAUGUGACAGAGGGGAUAUUCAGACUCCACAACUCACUGGACAUCAGUAUAUACAUCUUUGAUGAAAACCCAAGAAUGUAAUGUGCUUAUAAAGGCUUUUAUCCAUAGAUCAAAGCUACAAGGGGGAGGGUAUAGCUCAGUGGUUAGAGCACAUGCUUAGCAUCACAAGGUCCUGGGUUCAAUCCCCAGGACCUCUAUUAAAAUAACUACAUAAACCUAAUUACCUACCUCCCCCCCCCCCGCAAAAAAAUACAGAACAUCACAAAAUUCCUACUGGAGAGCAACCUUAGAAUUAUAAUGCAUGUGGGAAGGCUUUUUAUUAAACAUUCAUGCCUUUGAUGUCAUGAGAGCAUUUAUACUAGAGAGAAACCAGACCAAUUUACUGAAUCUAGAAAGGCCUGUAAGCAACAGUGUUUCCCCCUGCCCAGGAUUCACCAAAGAAUUCCUAAUAGAAAGAAACCUUUUAAAUAUAAUGAGUAUUUUAAAUUUCUUAUGACUUUUCACAACAAAACUCACAGGAGAGCAUUCAGAUGAGGAAUAACUAAGUCUUAAGUUCUCCAGCUUUAACCUGAGAUGUUACAUACUACAGAAUAAUGAAAAGUCAAAAUAUGUGAAAACUUAGAUAGAUAGAUAGAUAGAUAGAUAGAUCGAUCGAUCUCAAAAGUAUAGAGAUAGGUCCUGAGAAUAUUAUCCUAUGGUUUCUUUUUCUAAAUCUCUUACAGCUUAAAGUACUAUGGUUUUACAUUUCCUAUUUAAAGCUGUGAUCAGUUUUGAGCUAAUAUUUGUACAGAUGUGAAGUUUUGGUGGAGUCUUUCAUGAUUUUUUUUCCUAGUAUGGAAAAUCAGUUGAUAUAGUAUCAUUUUAAAAUUCUUUCUUCAUUCAGUUUUCUUGGUACCUUUGCAAAACUUGUUUGGGGCAGGGGGAGGGCAUAGCUCAGUGGUAGAGUGCAUGCUUAGCAUGCAAGAGGUCCUGGGUUCAAUCCCCAGUGCUGCCAUUAAAAAAAGAAAGAAACCUAAUUACUGCCCUCACCCCACCCCCCAAAAAAACUCAGUUGAAAGUAUUUGUUGGGGGCAGUUUCUGGGUUCUCCUGUUUCAUUGGUCUGUAUGUCUCUCCACAAAUACCAGUCUUGAUUACUUCCUACCUUUCAAAAUUUUUUAUUUUAAUACCUUUAAUAAAGUUGCUUUUAUUCUUCUCCAGAUGUUUUAGCUAUUCCAAUUCCUUUGCCUUUCCAUAAAAAUUUUAGCAAAAUCUUGUUUGUGUCUACAAAAUAUCUUGAUAGAAAAUACAUUAAGCCGAUCUAUCGGUUUGCAAUCACUUGACAUCAUUUCUGUGUUACACCUUCCAAUAAAUGGCUGUAGUACGUAUGUA